AUGUCAGAGGACAAGGUGGAGGCGGUUCAGGAAUGGCCAGUACCCCGAAAUAUUAAGGGAGUGCAAGGCUUUCUGGGAUUUGCAAACUUCUAUCGCCGCUUCAUUGAAGGCUUCAGUAAAGUGUGCAAACCUCUGACCGACCUCUUGCAAAAUGACAAGAAAUGGUAUUGGACCGCAGCCUGUGAACAAGCAUUUGAGGAACUCAAGAGGCUAUUCACAAGCGCUCCAAUCCUUCUCCAUUUUGACCCUAGCAGAAGAACUGUGGUUGAAACUGAUGCCAGCGACUUUGCCAAAGGAGCGGUGCUCUCUCAGUAUGGGGAAGAUGGGAAACUACACCUGGUAGCUUUCUAUUCUAAGAAGUUCUCCCCGGCUGAGAUCAACUACGACAUUCAUGACAAGGAAAUGGGAGCUAUUACCACAAAAAACUUAGAGUACUUCCACUCUACCAAGGUUCUCACUAGGCGGCAAGCUAGAUGGUCUGAGGAUCUAGCAGGCUAUAAUUUUAAAGUUGUCUACAGACCGGGAGAAAAGAAUGGCAAACCUGAUGUGCUAUCUAGGCGUUGGGACCACCGCCCUGAAGAGGGGAGUGAAACCCUGCGGCCAGAGCCACAGAUGUUUUUUAGGCCAGGUCAAUUGGUUUUGGAUCCUGUUAAGCUAGCGGCUGUCAGGGUGAAUCAAUUGCAGAAUACAUUCUUAGAGCGCCUAUCUGCGGCAGCUAAAGAGGAUGGAAUCUGGCAGGAACUGCACCGCUCCCUGGUUGAAAGGAAACCAAACCUGGACCAGAACUUGUCUGUCAAGGACGGCCUCAUCUUCUAUAAGAAUCGAUGGUAUAUUCCCAAAGACAAGAAGCUGCAGAUGGAUAUCCUGACCGAUACCCAUGAUUCUAAAGUGGCAGGCCAUUUCGGCCAGUUCAAGACAUUAGAGCGGGUGAAAAAUAACUUCUUUUGGCCCAACAUGGAUAAGGAUGUUGAGGAAUAUGUCCGGAGCUGUGAUAGCUGCCAGAGGAAUAAGACCUCAAGACAUAAGAAGUUCGGUAUGCUCCAACCACUGGAGAUACCUUAUCGGCCAUCGACUUCUAUCUCCAUGGACUUCAUUGUGGGAUUACCGGAGUCAGAUGGGUUUACAAAGAUCUGGGUAAUAGUGGACCGCUUCUCAAAGAUGGCACAUUACAUCCCACUUCCUACACUCAAUAAAACGGAAGAUCUGGCUAAGUUGUUCUUGAAGGAAGUCUGGAAACUCCAUGGGUUACCUGAUGACAUAGUCUCGGACAGAGAUAGCAGGUUCAUUUCUCACUUUUGGCAAUCUCUCAUGAGCCUCCUCAAUGUGAAGCUAAAGAUGUCCACUUCUUUCCACCCCCAAACGGACGGCCAGACAGAAAAAGUUAAUCAGACCCUGGAACAUUACUUGCGGAGUUAUUGUUCAUAUCAACAGGAUGACUGGGCGGACCUCUUGCCUUUGGCAGAGUAUGCAUACAACUCGGCGGUCUCUGAGUCUACCAAAGUAUCGGCUUUCUAUGCCAACUAUGGAUAUGAACCCAGGACCAAUUGGCCGGCCCCAAAGGAAGGUGUUGAAUGGAACAAUCCAGCAAGCGAGGUCAUGGUAUCUCAAUGGGAAUCUAUCUGGCAGGCUAUGAAUGUAAGCUUGGGAAGGGCUAGACUGAGGAUGGCCCGGUGGUAUGAUGCACAUGCCCUGGCACCGCCUGAAAUUAAGCCCGGAGAUGAAGUUAUGCUAGACCGGCGCAAUGUGCAAACUGAGCGACCAUUGGGAAAAUUGGAUCAAAAGAAGAUGGGACCCUUCAAGGUCUUAGAAGCUAUUGGUACCCGUGCCUACAAGCUCUCUCUUCCCCCUCAAAUGGGAAUCCACCCUGUCUUCCAUGUCUCUCUCCUGGAACCCUACAGAUCGCCAUUAGACCCUGAGAGAAGAGUUCCUCCACCGGAACCUGAGGAAAUUGCAGGAUAA